AUGAUGGUGGACACAGCUCCAGCCACCCAGGCAUUGGCCCCCUGCGUGCCAUGGACGCCUCCAGCAUCCACGAUGCCCUCAAAGCCAUCAACGCCUUCGAUUUCCUCAACGUCCUCACCGACCUCAUCGCCUGUGACGCCGGGGACAGCCAUUGUACACCACCGGCAGACAUCAUCAUGCUGCACCACCCUGUCAGAAUGCAGUUUCUACUCGGCGCAGGAGUUUUGGGAAAACCCCAAUCUUGGUGACAGCUGGGAAUGCCCCUUGGGCACGGAGGAGCAAGAGCAGGGCCAGCUGCGCACUCGCUCCAAGUCAGUGGAGUCCUUCCUGCCAUGGGAAAAUGGCCCAUCAAAAGGGCGAAGGCCCCUAGAGGGGUUGGCCUCAGGCUUUCCGGAGCCAGCAGUUGCCCUGACUUCGAAGAGCGAAAAGUGCUUUGCAGUGGUGCCACCUCUUGAAUUGGGGCAAGUUACCUCUCGCAAUACUGUGGGGGGUGCGAAGGGACUGCCGGUGGUGCCUCCCUUGCAGCUGGAGGGCUUGACUUCAAGCAAUUUCAAGGACACCAUCAGCAUUGAGUUUUCCCAGGGACCAAAGGGCUUUCAGACCUGCCAAAACCAGCUCUUCGUGGCGAACUCUGAGGUGUCAUCUUUUGCUCCUGACUCGCCCCUCAGUGAGCCACAGGCUUCGCCAAAACAACUGCGCCGGCGGUCCAAAACGCUGUCCCCUCCUAUCCAAACUCUGUCAAAUGAGCUUUUUGUGGAGGAUGAAGAUAGCCUGCCAGGCAGCGCCAGUAGCGAAGUGCGGGACCAGCCCUUCCGGGAUGCCAAGCCCGUGAAAGUGAGCCUUGCAAAGCGGAGCGUGACACAGAUCGCCAAGAUUGCGUGUAUGUGUGCUCACCCUGCUGAUGGCCAGGGCAUUGGACCUUGGGAGGGUGCUCACUGGGGAGGAAAGAAAGCCAAGGGGCGAUUGAGGGCACCACAUGGGAAUCGGAGUGCCUCCAGGUCUGGCCAUCGAACACCUCUUGCAACUAUAUGUGAACAUGGCGAUGAGUGCCCUGAAGGGGAGGCACUGGCAGCUUCAUUCGCCAACGAUGCUCGCCACACUGUUGCUAGGAAAUCUUCUGGGGUUAACAAUGCAGGGAUCGGCCCAAGAAAGGACCUCAAAAUGAAGAGCUUGUGCCCAAGCAUACCCGGCACAGACACCAAGAAGUUCACUGCCGAUGGUCCCAACGCCUCCUGGGUUGAUGAGCAGUUCUUUGACUGCAGUGAGGCCUGGGAGGUCAUGCUGGCCCCGUUCGACUCUGCCAGGGGCAUGGACGAAUGGUCACAACAGCAUAACACUUUUACAACUUCAAUGCGAAGUAAACCAAAAGGGGACAAGGGGGGUGCUGUCCCUUGGGUGGUCCCAGCAGGCCUCCAGCGGCCACACCAGCAGAAGGCAAGUGUAGAGGACAUCACCCCUGUGUACAUCCCACUCAGUGCAAGGGGUGGCACCGAUGACGUGGAUGGGGACUGGGUAGCAAAUCUCUCUGCUCGUAAGGUGAGGUUGCCAGGGCUAGCGGACAUGCCAAGGCAGGAUGAGCUGGGCCUCGGGCUGAAGAGCGUGGAGGAGCUCGCAACAACUUGCACAGGGAUUUGGCAGCGCAUCCCUGAAGAAAGCGACGACCCAUCGCCGCUGUGCGAUGUGAUGGAGUUGCCAUGGAUCUUCAAACGCGCUCUGAGCAUGGCCACACAGACUGAGGUAGCUGUGGACAAGCAUCGGGUUGCUGUAAAGCCCAAACUGUUUCGCCUGGCCGUGCCAACAGCAGCCACUCCCUGGUCACGGGAGGGUGUCAUGGUUCCCCGAAGGGACCGCAGGAAGGGCAUGUCUAGGAUAUGCCUUGUGAGAACAACAUUCGGCUUCAGGCAAUACAACUGUUGGGCCGAUCCCUAUGCUGGGAUGAGCAUCGUGGAGAUUGGGGUUCGCGAUGACGGAAAACUUGUGAUGAGCACGUUUAUCAAGCGGCGAACGGGACCUUCCUGCAAAAUCAGGACAUGCAUGUUCAAGAUACAAUAA